UCCUGUUUGUCUUCUUUUGUCUGGUUCCCUUGGCUUGGUUUCCCUUUGUGUCCCCGGCUGUUUUGACUUUCCACAAUAGAAGUUGGUAUGGAGACGUAGAGGAGCCGUGUCUGAGCUGGUCCCAGAACUGGCCCACUGCCUGCUGGCUUUGUGUCCACACUGGCUUCAUGUUUAUUCCCUUCACGCCCAUAAACUGUUUUUUAUAGAUGAGAUGUAUGUUUUAGUCUGCAGAGUUUGACCAGCACAGGUCUGAUGUACAGCAGACGUUUCUGGUUGAAGGUGGCGCCAGUUUCUGAAGGCCUUCAGUUUUUCUUACAGCUUCUACAGAUCUAUAACCCUGUGCUCUUGUUCUUCUUCAGGUUUGUCCAGACCCAGACUGGAGUCCACCUGUAGCAAACUGGGCUGACUGGACAGAGUGUAAAAAGACACACACUUGUGUGUAUAAGGUCCCACAGUUCACACUGCAGGUCAGGACACAAACCUGGACAAGAGGUCCAGGAGCUCACUGUUGACCUCUGUGGUCAGACUGUGGUGAGGCCCAGAUCAGGAACAAGGGCUCAAACCAUGUCUAAAGCUCUGAGUGUCCCCAGGAGCCUGGUGGCCUCAGUAACUGGGACAUGGACGAGGUCUGGAAUCAGCAGGACUCUUUCGGGAGUUGGCAUCUGACCAGACUGAAGAACAAGAAGGGUCUCCGUCAGGGAGGAGACCAAGGACCCAGCGGUCCCUCUGACAGAGCUUCAGAAGUCGCCUGUCUGCACAAAAGUUGAAGGCAUCCCAAUGCUUCUGAAGCAAAUGUAAACCCUAGAACUGGACAGGGAACUGAGGUUGACUGACUUUGGAAUCUUAACAACUUGGCAAACAACAACCAACCCCCUGAAUCAGAAUUCAUCUGAUGAAGUGUUUUGUCUUGACAUGUGUCCAAUCUUCCCAGAAGUUGACCUGUUGCCUAAAAGCGUUUUCACAGGAGCAUCAUCCCAAAUUCCCAAAGGCAGCAGUGAGUCGUCUGGAGAUCGGUUUACAGGCUGAGCUUCUUAUCGCACAUCAACACCAAAAGUGACAAAGAAGAAAGGACAGAAAGAAAAUACUCAGAUACUUCAGCAGUGGCACAACAGUGUGCAUUCAGUAAAGUACAGGUAUCUGAGAGAAAAAUGUUCAUGUUCCAGAACAGGAGAUAAGAAUCAUCUCACACUGGUUUGUCAGUGUUUAGAUGUCCAGUUUUAAAUUUCAGCCAACAAGUGUUGACCUGUGUCUGCUUGUUAUCUUCUUUGAGUCUAAUAUAUUGCAUUAAUAUCAUGUAUCCCAGGAGGUGUGGUUGCACAACAAAGUCAUUGUCAAAGGAAAGACUGCGGCUUUCUGAAAGGACAGUGAUGGAGAGAUAAACAGAGACACCUCUUCUUUCUGCUCUGGAUAUGUUUUUCUGUUUUGUAAUGAAGGAGGUCGUGUCGCAGGCAGAAGGCCCAGUUCUUUCACAAAAGGCCGGUGAAGACAUGCCGCCCUCCCUCUCCCUCCUUCCCCCCUCCUCAGUCUUUGUCCGUGGACCAGCAGAAAUCCUCCAGGUGAUGCUGCACAACUCAGACAGAGCGAUGUUAAGGCUGCUGGGACUCCUCACCCUGACCUCCCUCUGCUCAGCCAUGCUCCUACAAAACAAUGAUCAGGCCGAGUCCAGCGACGAAGGCUCCACCUCGGACCACCACACUUUCCUCUGGCCUGGCUCAGAGCAGAAGGAGGUUUCUGAGUCAAUGGAGGAAUUUUCACCAAUAUCCCGCAACGGCCUCGGGCUGAGUCCCCCUCCAGAGCCAGGACCAGGGCAACAGGGAGGCAACUUCACCAUGUUUGAGACUCCUGACUCGAACCUUUCAGUGACACCCGUCCUGCAAGAAUCCACAAUCUGCGACAUGCUGCUGAACGCCCCGGUUCCGCCACGUGUGGACGAGAUUCCAUUUUUCUGCAUGUGUUCGCAUUGCAAAGGCACCAAAGGAGACCGUGGAGACCGGGGUCUUCCAGGCAAUCCCGGUAGUCCUGGGAUUAGAGGAAUGUCAGGGCUCAAAGGUCAAGCAGGAUUCACAGGCCGUCCAGGAAUAAAGGGUCAGAAGGGCGAUCUGGGAGACCGAGGGCAGCCUGGAGCUGUCGGUUUCAUGGGGCCAAAGGGAGAGCGAGGCUUCAAAGGUGAUAAAGGGGACCAAGGACUGGAAGGGCCCCCAGGUGAACAGGGUCCUCAAGGAGAAAAUGGCUUAUGCCCUCAAUCCUGCGACAGCGUUCAAGGUCCACCAGGUCCACAAGGCCUCCCUGGACCAGUUGGAGCCCGAGGCCUACCUGGAGUGCAGGGACCUACUGGACCCAACGGCUUUAAGGGCGAUAAAGGCGACCUGGGUCAACCUGGCAACCCUGGACUGAAUGGCCAGAAGGGUGAUCAAGGAAGGGAGGGUGUAUGUAACUGCAUCGAUGGGGUGAAUGGAAUUGAUGGCAGACCAGGAGAAAAGGGGGCUAAGGGGGACAAAGGUGACACUGGUGCCCAAGGCAUACAGGGUCCCAUUGGACCAAAAGGCAAUGAGGGCAUCAUUGGUAUGACUGGGCCACCCGGUCCGUGCUCCCCAGUCAUCCAAUCGGCAUUCUUUGCAAAACUCAACUACUCAUUUCCUAUUGAAGACUUUCCCAUUCCUUUCCAAAUUGUCAUUACUAAUGAGCAAGGGCACUUCAACCCAUUUAACGGCAUCUACACAGCCCCCAUCAAUGGCACCUACACCUUCACCUUCGACCUGGCAGUGGCCCAGAGGCCACUCAAGGUUGGCCUGUUUCUCAACCUCUACCCUGUCGUCAAAGUAACAGUAGGAAUCAACCAAGCCACUGCCAGCCAAACUGUCAUCCUGCAUCUCGCUGCCGGAGACCAGGUGUGGCUGCAGGUGAAGAAUGCUGUCACUAAUGGUAUAUUCACAGACAGUGAGAGCAGCAGCACAUUCUCUGGGCAUCUGAUAUACCCCGACUCCUGUGAUUUGCCCUUUGGUCGCAAUCAUGUUUUCCCGAAUAACUAUCACGAUGAAGACUUCAGCUGGAAUGGUCCUGCACACACCACCACCACCUCUAAACCAUAGCUCACGUCAGUAUGACAGACAUAGAUGAAGUAUGCAUGCACACCCAAUCAAACAAAGUGUAUUUAUAACUGCAAGUUUUAAAGGAGGGGUAUAAUGUAAAAUUGUCCAUUUUUGAGAUGAAGUUUUCCAUCAGACAAGUUACUGUGGUGCACAAGAAGUCGUAUAGUUUCUACUCCUCACCACUGUUAUCUGAUGAAACCAAUCACAACUGCCCCAAAAUGUGAUGUUACAGGUGAUGAGGUUCAAUAUUCCAUCGUUACCAUUUGUGGACAUUAACCGGAGUUGGUUCUAAAUGUGAUCUGUGGUAGGUGGGUCUUGAGGGAGGCAUGAGGAGUGGCUGCCAGAACCAAAGCAAAGCCAUGCUAGGGCCUGACUCAGUGUCAGUCUGUUGGUCUGUCACCACUAAGAAAUCCAGUUAACUGUUGGAUCCACUGCCAUGAAAGUGGGCUCAGAUAUUAAUUGAUUUUCUGACUACAUUUAGUGUCCUCAUCAGGCCAACAUUUUAAUUUCUCCAAUACUUCAUGUUUAGUGCUAAUUAGCAAAUAUUAGCAUGCUAAACUAGCACUGAUGAACAUGGUGAACAUUAUACCUGCCUCACAAAAGCAUAUUAGCAUUUGACAUUAGCUUUGAGGUCAAAGCACUGCUGUGCCAAAGUACAAAGUGAAAAUAGC